AUGUCUGACGUUAACAUCCAGGCACUUCUCAACAAGCCUCGUAACGAGUGCACUGAGUAUGAGAUUGCUCAACUGGAAGCCUAUGAGAUGAGCAAUGGGCCGCUUUCCCUCCUCCAGACGGCCGUCCGCAGUCACUCUCAGGUUUUGAUUAGCAUUCGGUCAAAUCGCAAGCUUCUUGCCAGAGUGAAGGCUUUUGACAGGCAUUGCAACAUGAUUCUUGAGAACGUCAAAGAGAUGUGGACCGAGACUCCAGUACACAACGGAAAGAAGGGCCGGCCGGUGAACAAGGAUCGGUUUAUCAGCAAGAUGUUCUUGCGGGGUGAUAGUGUCAUUCUCGUUUUGCUCAGCUGA